UAUUUCAUUCUCCUUAUAGUUUCCCUGGAACCCCAAACCUUAAUCUCACUAGUUCAAAUAAAAUGGCUGAGGCUUUGAAAACUUUAACGAAUUCAAUUGAUAAGCUUAUGACUCAACUUCAAGAUCAGCGAAGACCACCAUCUAGAUCUCGGUCUAGAAAUUUUACCCCAUCUACUAUAAUAAAUGACCCUCAAGAAACUCUGCAAGCCCUAUUGGCAUUAAUGAAUAAUAAUCCAGACAUUUUUAAUAAUGCCAGAAAUCAAACUUCGUAUUUAGGAAUUCCCAAAGAUGAGUCAUUAUUUUUACUGGCAGAAAUGCCUAUUCGUCCCAAGUCUAUAGUAAAUAUGCCGAUUCUUAGGAAAAAGUCAACUAGAACGAAAAUAACUGAUUUAAUUGAUCUUGAAGAAGGAGAGAGUACUAAAGAUCCAGACGUAGAAAUGGAAGAAGUUCAUGAAGAUCAUGAAG